GAAAUUAAAAUGAAUAAUUUAUAAUUAUAAUAACUUUAAUAUACAUUUCUGUAACUCACUGUGAAUUGCCGGGAGUUCGCUUGCAGCCCUAAACUUACAGGUCACUUCUUCUGACAAGUGCCUUAACUGAUCGAGGUUUGGGAUACCAUCAUGUUUCAGGGUUUGAAAGCAUGUCUAUAGUGGUGCAUAUUGGCAUAGGUCUGAAUGUUACCGUGACCAUAAAGUCAAGUCUGGAGUAUUGAAGUGUAAAAAGAGGAGCCUCUUAACUUAUGUUCAAUAUAAUUGGUCCCAAUACUUUUAAGUCUUGGUUCUCUCUUUCAGGGGCUUGCAGAUCUGCGUUUUCUUUGUCUGAGGUGGUGGUUGUUUUUAGGUCAUAGAACAUGUUGAUCUGAUGAUCGCCAUGGCUACACCUUCUCUCAUCCCUUUCUGCCAAUGCAAAUUCCUGCUUUGAUUGAACAUUGGUUAUUAAUUUCAACCCAUUUAUUAAUACAUUGAUAGGUGUACAGUCGCUGCCACUUUAUUAUUGAUAUGAUUUGUCUGGAGGCUGACACAGGGAGAAGUGCCAGACUCCCUUGCUUUACAAAAUAAGUAAAGGAAUUGAAGCAUCUGGAAGGGCUACACUUCUCGCUCCUCUGUGUACAGAACAUGGGUAUUCCAUGUGUAUAAACUCCUACAGAUAUUUAACCAAACAAGCUGUAACAUGGGAGCAGUAUCCCAUGUUUUGUCGUUACAGUCCUGUCUCACUCACUGUUCGAAAUUGGAUAGAAAAUAGCAUGACAUCGAAUGCAAAAUAGUCACAGGCACUAAAUUCAUGUCCAUAGUAGGCAAAUAUUUUCCAUACAGCUGCACAUUCUAAUAUCCCCUUCAGUGUUCCGUGUUGUAAUUUAUAAUCCAUCCAAUCCUUUGAUUAUUUCAUGCAGAUUGUGAUCAUGGGGCCAUUCGUACACACAAGCAGAACACAAAAGCACACCAGCAGUGGUGUUAAUCCUUGCAUUGCUAUUAGUAGGCCGAUAGUCUUCACAUGAACACUAGUAAAAUACAAACGUAGGCUAUGAAGCUAACUAUUACUAUAUUAGGCCUACUAUUCUAAAGGCUUAAACAUUGCAUUCAGGCCAGACAAUUAAUUAAGACAAUUGUAAUUGUUGUCAAAUGAGAGUUUGUGUGAUAUUGGCUUGGUUGUGUUUUGUCUUGUGUUCCCGUCCAAGAGGGAUAAAUUGGAUUGUCCAAAGCAAAUAGUCAUUUGUCAUUAUUGGUCCGCAGGUGGCAGCAAAUAGCCAGUUGAUUUGGUCGGUGAUAACGACGCACUACAGGCCUGUGCUUAAACGCCAAAUAGAACGCAGUAAUCUCUAGUUUAUAACUAGGGUUUUCGUUGUUUUUUUUACGGAAGGCAAUAGGCAUAGGGUCUCUAAUCUAAGACUCAUACUAAAAUCAUAAGAAAUGUUCACUUCAAAAUGUAACUCAUCAACGUUUAAAGCAGGCCUAAAAUGGAUAUUAGGCUAUAUAAUAACUCAUGACUGAUGAACAUUGACUUCUUAGUCUACGAGACACAUUUGGGGAUUUAUUUAGGCUAAUCAAAUAACGAGUCCUCCAACUAAAUCCGCCCGCCUGGCAUUGAACCAACAAGUGUAUGCUACAUACUUGGUAACUCCAAAACAAAAUUCCAUCAGCAGCACAAUAAAACAUUAAUUCUGCAAACUAUGUCGGCGGAAUGUCAUUCUAGACCGAGGCCUUGCAAAAUGGGCGUGAAUACAAAGAGCAAACCCUGCCCAUCUAAAAAUCCUCCAUCCAAGAAAAAAAAGAACCAAGAAAAGAAAGAGCAGAACACUUUCACCCAAUCAGCAGUGGGGCUGUAAAAAGGUCCCCCACCCGAAAGUAAAAGUGUUGAUAGUGUGCUGUAGCCUAUAUGGUCUCCUAUCGCGUGUUUUGAUUAGGGCCCACGGGCGGUGCAACUCACGGCAGGAGCCACAUUGUCUUUAUGCAAACUUGUAUUCAUCUACGAGAUGUCUAUUGUAUGCCCAUCGGCAUAUAUGGACGCACCACAGCCAAGAAGCAGGAUUCCAACAAUCUAGAAGCCGGAGUCAGUAUCGGUUGUGUGUUCGGUUGUCACCCGGAGUCUCUCUCUUUCUCUCUCUAUCUCUCUUACUCUCUGUCUCCCUCGCUGACUCGUCGCAAUGAGUUGUCUUGAUGUGAUGUACCACCAAAGUUUUGGCGCGCACUACCUUCCAUCCUCACAAGUGGCUGCAGCGGCUUACAAAGCGGCGUGUUAUGGCCAUCACCAGAGGAAGCCUAGUGCAUACAGUAAGGUGCAUGAGUGUGUGGAGCAGCAGAUGCAUCAGCAGCAACAGCAGCUCCAACAGAGCCGACCCGCAGGGAUGCUGCCCAGGGAGCAGGGCCUCCGGCGGGCAUCGCUCACUCCGGGGUCUCGGUGUAGCGACAGCAGCGGUGCUAGCAGCGGUGCUAGCGUCGGUGGCGGUGGCGCCCCGGAGGAUUGCGUCAUGACCAAGGACGGCAGCGGCAGCCGGCCGGCGGAGGCGGAGUACCUGAGGGCCCGCUGUGUCCUCUUCACCUACUUCCAGGGCAGCAUCGGCGAUGUGGUGGACGAACACUUUUCCCGCGCUCUCAGCCAAUCAGGGUCUUUCUCCAGGGACACCAAGCCGGCACUCAGGGUCACUCAGCAGCAGCAGUUGUCCUCGCCUCCGCCCAGCGCGCUAUGGAAAGACAGUGCGUCUCUCGCCGAGGGCCCCAUCAUGAACAUGUGGAGCGGCGGGGGGGGCUACCCGUCCCAGGCCGGCCCGUGCCCCCCCCCCGCCUCCUCCAUCUCCGUCCACCCAGACUUCUCCUGCGCCGCCGUCAGCCCCCUGCCCUUCCACCCCGCCGACGGCGCCCUGUGGCCCGGCCACGCGCUGGCCCAGGCCGGCCUGCCGGACCCCCACUCCCCCUGGUCCUACGGCCUCAGCGCGGGCCAGAGCGGAGCCGGCGGCGGCGGCGGCGGCGGCGGCUACCCGCAGAUCCACGACCUCUACCCCCAUCACCCGGCCUCCGUGCACGGGUACCACCACCCGCACACGCACGCCCACCACGGCCACCACCGGUUCCCGCACGGCCACGUGCUCCACUCGUUCCCGUCCCACAGCCCCGCGGCGGCAGCACUGGACCCCCGGUUCAGCCAUCUCCUGCUGCCGGGGGGGGUCCGACAGAGGGCGUCCAGCGCCGAGGGCCACGGCUCUCCUCCGCCUCUCAGCGAGGGGGUCAAGUCGGAAACCGACCCCAGUGUUAGCAUCCCUGUGGCAGCCGCCCCCACCCUGCCGGCCUCCUGGUCCCCCGCCUCCCUCCAUGGUUCUUUGGAGGUCUAUGACUCUGGUCUGGAUCAAGAGAAAGCCAAAGCCUCUGCCUGGUUCUGAGAGACAAAGAUGUCAGCUCUCGUUUGGCUGUGUGCGUCUCCUUUCAAAUACUCAGCGAUUCUUCAGCGUGUGGCUGCAGAACGGGGGCUUCAACAGCAGCACUGUGCACUGUGGGGAAUAGACUGAAUGUGGGAGAAGGACGUUUAAACAGUGACUGCAAGCACUGAACCCCACACAUAGUAUGGCAAAACCUGAAACACACACUUCUUUUCGAGUUAUUUUAUUAAUGAGGGUGCGGAUGCUGUGCAGGUGAAGAAAAAAAGCAGAGUAGUUUAAGUGCACUAAUGAACUCACUCAUCCAUUGUUUGACUCAUUAAGGCGUCACCAUUGUCCAUGGUUUGAAGAGCCUGGAUGAUCGCCUCCUUUUUUUCUUAAAUCGGGUUUACUGACACGUUCACUACAGCACGUGUUCUACAUCCAUGAAGGUCUGUUUUUCUGUUUCUUUGCUGCCAUUUAUUUCUUUGCUGCCAUUUAUAUAAGUUAAACUACGUUCCUGUUCUGAACUUAAACAAAUUGCAAUUAUUAUGUCAUAUAAGUUAAAAUGCUUUUAUUUUUUAAAAGAUGAACAAAGCCAUAUGGUUCUGUUUCAAGAACCCAAAUUUUACAAAUGUGUGUGCAUUAUUUUGUGUGUCAUUCUGUUAUUGCAAUGCACAUUGGUCGUCUGCAUCUCGUUCAACGGAUGGUACUUUCAUUAUUUUUCUUUGGCACUAAAAAUGUUGAGAGUGUAAAUAUCGUCAUGCAAUAAAUCUGAUGAAUGUUGCCACAAAUCAUUGGAUCUUAUUGUGCAUCAAGAAAAGAGAAUAAGCGU